CCUGAGGCCGCGACCGUGACCUUCGGCGAGUAGUGCCGUCUCACGCCUGUAGGCGCGCGCCUUGCACGCGACGGACGCCGGUUGCUCUCCGAGCCGUCUGCCCAGCCCACCGUCGCAACGGGUCCUUUAUCUCGCCUCACGUCGCACCGCAGUCCGACUCCGACGUCGCCGCCGAAAGACGUGAGAAUACUUCCUGCGCGUGCGCCCGCGGCGUUUCUGUCGCUCGUUUGUUCUUCCUUGACUGCCGCAGACGUGCAACGCGAGGUGGACGACCGGUGUAAUUGUCGAUCUCGCGAGUUCACAUCUCUUGUCGAGGAGCGUGGUGCGGGUUGCUCUUGUUUAGAGAUGAGCUAGAGAUUUAAACAAAAGAUUCAUAGGGGGAUAAAUCGGAUGGCCGGGUGUCUUGAGUGAACGUGAAACAUUGCGAUUACUCGUGGCACGAAGUUGGAAAAUCAGACGCGUUUGAAGUGAGAACUCUGUGAACCUUGAAGUGCGAUGCAGCCGUUUCGUUCUCCUGUCAAGAUGAAAAUUCUGCUGGCAGUCAUUCUUCUGAGCUUCAGUGAAAAUGUUUGUCAAGCAGCUCGCAUUUUGGGUGUCUUCCCUCACAUUGGGAAAAGUCAUUACAUUAUGUUUGAACCUGUGAUGAAAGCCCUUGCACACAGAGGACAUGAAGUUACUGUCAUCACUCAAUUUCCUUUAAAGAAUCCCCCCCAAAACAUGAAAAUUAUCGAUGUGUCUCAUACGAGCAAUAUACCAUAUGUUAAUGCUAUUCCUGUUGAUAUAGUGCCUGCUGAAGAGUUAAAUAUACUCUGUGUUCAUGAGUUAGCAAGUAUGGGUCUUGCAAACUGUGAAGAUGUUUUGUCUUCACAAGUCAUUCAAGACCUUAUCAAAUCAAAUCAGAAAUUUGAUGUAGUUUUUUAUGAAAUAUUUAAUGCUGAUUGUUUCUUAGGUUUCAUUCAUAGAUUUAAUGCAAUUUCCAUAGCAAUGUCAUCAUCAUCUUUCAUGCCAUGGGCAACACCACGUUUUGGAUUACCUGAUAACCCUUCAUAUAUUGCUAAUCAUUUUUCUAGUUUCUCUGAUGUAAUGAAUUUCUGGGAAAGACUAUGGAAUAGUGUUCAUUAUGUUGUUUCUCAAGUUGCAUUCUCUUUGCUUGCGGAUGGCCAAAAUUAUCAAAUUGCAAAGAAAUAUUUUGGUGAUGAUCUUCCUCCACUUUCAGAAAUUGCAAAAAACACUAGUGCUUUUUUUAUAAAUACUCAUUUUACAUUGAAUCAAGUACGCCCUUACACUCCCAAUGUUAUUGAAGUUGGAGGUAUACAUAUUGAACCACCAGGAAAAAUGAGUAAAGAGUUGCAGACUUUUCUUGAUGGAGCCAAAGAAGGUGUAGUGUACUUUAGUCUUGGCUCUACUGCAAGGGGAGCAACCUUACCUGCAGAGAAACGGGAUGCAUUUAUAGAAGCUUUCAAAGGUCUUCCCCAGAAAGUGCUGUGGAAAUGGGAAGAAGAUAGUAUUCCAAACAAACCUGUAAAUGUGAUGAUUUCAAAAUGGGUACCACAGACUGCUGUUUUAGCGCAUCCAAAUGUUAAAUUGUUCAUUACUCAUGGAGGCUUAAUGGGAACUUUGGAAGCUGUGAAUUACGGAAUACCCAUGAUAAGCAUACCGCUUUUCGGAGAUCAGUUCCAGAAUGUAGCAAUGGCAGUCAGAAGAGGAAUAGCUGUUAAAUUAGGAUUUGGGGACAUCACACACGAGAGUGUGACAAAUGCAUUAAAUACUGUUUUGACUAGCAAAUAUCUAGAGCAAGCAAAACGUGUCUCUCAAGAAUUCCAUGAUCGUCCUCAAAAGCCAUUAGAAACUGUUUUGUAUUGGACAGACUAUGUAUUGCGGCAUAAAGGAGCACCUCAUCUGCAGUCAUAUGCUGCCAAAAUGCCUCUGGCUCAAUAUCUUUUACUUGAUGUAAUAGCUGUGUUAAGUAUAGUUCCUUUGCUUACUGUAACAACAUCAAUAUUAUUAAUUUGUUGUUUCUUCAGAAGAAAGAAAACAGAACAAAGCUCAAAGAAAACAAAACAUAAGCAAAAGCGCUCAUGAAGAUCAUGCCACUCACUACAUGUGCCUUUGUGAAAGCUUUAAACUGUUCUUGAAUAUUGUAUAUUAUACAUUUUCUAAGAAUUUUUAUUUCUCAUGUUUUCAUUUGACUCUACCUUGUUGCUCAACGGAACUAUUAAAAAUUUCAAAGUCUUCCAGAUUUGUUAUUAUUUAAUGUAUUAUUCAUAACAAUUCCAAUUGUUAAUUAUAAUAUAAUCUUUGUGAAGUAUUUUACUUGCAAUUUAAAGAAAGCAGUAAAUUUACAUUUGUAUUAUGUAAAUUCGAAAAAAAGUUAUUGAUAUUUGUUUUUUGUAUAUAUUUGUUUCAAACUGUAAUGAUGAACUGUGAAUAUUGAAUUUACCUUGAAAGUUUAUAAUGUAAACAAUUACAUGCUAUGAUUAUUAAAAGCAAAAACAGUUUUGUAAUAAGUUUUUUGUAGAACGGACAAGAUUGUAAACAAGUAAGAUGCGCAUUGACUGCGUUUGAAGACUGAUUUUGCUGAAAAAUAUCUUACAAAGUUGUUUUUAAAGCUUCCGCUCAUAAAAAGGUUCUCUUAUAAAUUAAUUUUUGUCAAUUGCUUCAAUAUCCAAAUUUGAUCCUAUUAAAUUAUUUUUUAUGUACAAAACUGAUUGCUUGAUGUUAAAGUUUCUUAAACAGUCAAUAGUGAAAAUGGAAACUUAAUGCCAAAUUGCAAUGCAUUUACACCCAAAUUGCUAUGUUUGAUUUCCCUACACUAAAUUUCAAGACAUUUAGCUUAUAUUAAAUUCUCUUAAGUGGAAUAAUUUACAAAUAAAAUUUGUUGAAUUUAUUGUAUUACUUUCUGUAUAUCAUAUUUGAACACUUGUUUCUUUGUAGAUUUUGGUGAACAAAAUAAACAUUGCUCUGUUACAAGUUAUAAGUGCUUACAUGUAAUGAGUUUGCAAGGAUAAUUUUUUCGAGCAACCUUAUUAUUUAUUACCAUUUCAUUAGUGACAAGUCAGAGGUUUUUAUAUUAUAUAGUUGUUUUAUGUGAAAACAAAAUAUGUUAGGGUCAUCUGGUAUAAUUAAAGUGGUGGAAUAGAUUAAAUAAAUAAUAAAUGCAAGGACAUACCCAGACAAUCAGUUGUUUUAGGGCACUUUAGCUAACAAGGAUGGUUGGACACAGGAGUGAUUACAGUAACAGGUAUUAAUGAUUACGUGUGAUCUUUGCACUCAGGAUGCAGCACAUACCCACAGCUUUCUAGGUCUAUUUUAUCUUUACCAAUGAUACAAUUGCUACUUCUCUCAUGAAAUAUGUGACACUGCUAAACAAUAUUUUUUGUACCUUCUAGCAUGGUUUUUGAAUUUGUAUCAUUAAACAGUUUCAACAAGAAACAAGGGGCUAAUCCUUUUAGAUUAUCCAAUUAGGAUGAUGAUACCAAAUGAUGGAGAGUAGUAAUUCCAAAAACCUUUCACCUCUUAUAACACUUUUGUAUAUUUAUUGUGUAAAAGUUCAUCCCAACACUGCACUCUUUUAUUUUGCUCAGUUGGAUUGCAAAAUAUUGUUAGUCUGCAUAGAAAGCAAUGUAUUAAUUGUAAUGAAUUGUGCAGUGACAAACUAAGUGAUCUGAUUGCCAAAAAACACUUUCUUUGGGAAAAUGAGAAAAAAUGUCUUGGUAAUUCUUCUUCAGUACUAAAGCACCAUCUGCUGAUGCCUAUUACAACUAGUGGUGUUAAAACAGCAUGUACUUUCUCGCCUUUAAAAAUAAUUAUGUAUUUAUAACAAUGUCUCUCAGAAUUAGCUUCUCUCUCAUUAUUUUUUGUAAAACUCAUUACACAUCAUAGAACAUGGGUACAAAACUAAAUACUUUCAAACAAAUAUCAACACAAAUUUCACAAUUACAACUGCUUUUCAUGCAGGUAAUCACAUUCCAACAACAGCCACUGUUGCAUUCCAAUCUGACAUUCCUGAAGGCUAACUAUUUUUAUUUCACAUAUUGAGAAUAGGUUUUAAAUAAUUUCUAAAACAAUAAUUUGUAAAUGUAUUAUGAAAGCUCAAAUGUAAGACACAAACAAAGAAAUAUGAAAUAAAAUAC